AUGGCAAAAUCCAUAGAUAUGUUUUGUGGAACCUGUGACAGAAGAAGUAGAUCCACCAAAGCUGUAAAAUACUGUACAGACUGCGAGGACGGGUUCUGUUCAGAAUGUUUAGAUUUUCACGGAAGCAUGAAAGUGUCCUCGUCCCAUCAUGUAAUAGAUAUAAAUGCAGUUGACGGAAUAGGAUUCAACAUAAGUAAAUUCUGCAAAGUUCAUCCCGAUAUGGUUUUAGAAUAUUUUUGCUCCGAUCAUGAUAAACUGUGUUGUCGGUCUUGUAUGGCUAGUGACCAUCGAUCAUGUGACAAGAUACUUCCAAUUGAAGUUGCUGCGAAAGGGGUCAAAAGUUCAACAACGUAUGAAGACAUUGUCACUGAUGUCCGCAUGCUAAUUUCCACUGUAAUGGAGCUUGGAGACAAAAAGGAGAAAAGUGUAUCAACUCUUGAUGAUAGCAAGGUGACUGUACAACAAGAGGUGCAGUAUUUUCAAAAGAGGUUACAGACACGCAUUCAAGAAAUUGCAGUGGCUUUAAUGUGUAAAGUAGACAAAGUUCAUACUGAACUCUCAGAUAAAGCAAAAGUUGACCUGAAAAAGAUAUGUGAUCGCAAAAAACAGAUACGAAACAUUUCUGAACAGUUUGAAUCUGUGUCGAAACACGGAUCUGAAAGUCAAAUAUUCAUGUUGAUAAAUAAUAUCAAAGAAGAAUUGAAUGGUCGUGUCAAUGAAUUUCCAAAAUUCCUGUCGUCCCAAAAAGCUGCAUCUCUUUUGUAUAAGGAGUCCGAUUUGCUGUCCGUUAUGAAUUCAUUUGGUUCAGUGGAAAUCAAAGAGACUCCCUUUGAUAUCAAAUACAAACCGUUUAAGGUCCAGCAAGCGCAAUUCCUGCAACAACGGAGAAAACUUCCAACACAAUUCCAGCUAAUUACAAAAUUUGCGGUACCUGAUGCAGACAUUGUCAGCAUAGGUGUGACAAAAGACAAAAGAUUAUUCCUGUGUAAUCAGAGCGGUUCUAAGUUAUUUGUUAUUUCAGGCCAACAAUUGACGAAAAUUCAAAUGAACGGGUGUCAAUGGGGGAUAGCUAUUGAAGAAGACAAAAAAUACAGCAUGGGUCACAGUUCCUGAUACAUCAUGCGUUCAGACAGUAGAUAUCAUUAAAAUGGAAAAGGGCCGACAGAUAAAAGUACCUGGAAAAUGUUAUGGCAUUGUACUUUUUGGCGACGAAAUUGCUGUCAGUGGUGACGGCAAGAUAUACAUUAUCAGCAAAAUUGGUGACCUAAAGAAGACACUUGAUGUCGAAGGAGGUGAUAUACACUCUAUAUCAGUUGGACUAAAUCAUCAACUUCAUUUUGCUCAGUCGGAUAUAUCAGAAUAAAAAUUUAGAUGCGUGAGAUUAGAUGAUGGAACAGUUACAUCUAUUUCUUCUCAAUUUACUAAUCGCACGAUCGAUAUCAAAGCAGACAAAUUUGGAAAUGUAUACGUACUGGAAAGGACAUCAAACUUUAAGCUGUUUUGUAUUGAAGAUACAUCUCUUAAAACCAUGUUGACAACAGAAGAUGGGUUGACUGAACCAUAUGGCUUUGCUUUCAGUACAGAUUUUUCCAAGCUUUUCAUUUCAAAUUAUGUUGAACACUUAAAUAGCGAGAUAUUGGUCUAUCAUUGUAAUUAAAAAAUUGAGCAAGAAAGUCCUGUUUGCUGAAUAUGAAUCAAAACGGCCUUAACAUGUAUAAUACAACGUGUCAGGUAUAGACAAUUGUAAUUCUGUUAUCUAUGAUUUAUCAUUGUAAGAUGAACAAACAACCAUUUUUCUUUAUGUAAAUUUGAUUUUUUGAAAUUGUAUAAAAUGAUCAGUGAAGACGUAGUGGUCAUUAUAUUUAAAAUUCUAUAUCAAUUCUCUUUAAUUUGAUUAGAUCAAAGAGUUCUUUGUUUAAAAAUUGUGGUUUUUAAAUAGAAAAUAGAGAAAUUCGAAAUAAACUGGUUGUGAUCUAAGUAUGGGAAA